AUGUCAGAUGGGGGGUGUGUUUGUAUGUGUAGAAGCUAGCAGCAAAAAUAAUAUGCAGGAUAAUGCAGACGCUGCCUGUUAGCUUUAUAAUUAAUCAUUAGAAGCCAAAAAAGAAAAGAAAGACGCAGCCUGGACUGACUUCGGAUUCUCCUGGACUAUAUUAAUACAGCUGUCAGGGUUAGGUUCACGGACGCACAGGGAACACUGGCAGAUUGAUAAUCUGUUGAUAUCCAUACUUGCUGGGCUUUGACCCUGGCUGAACAUUGGAGAGAACCAUACUUUACACGCAGAGAAUAGCGGCUAAUCCUUUGGGGAAAGUCCUCUACAGCCUCGACAUGUCAUCUGACCCAACAAACCCACCUCCUCUACAACCUCUUCACUCUCCCAAGUCACCCAUAUCUUCCUCAUUGCCUUUCCAUCGGGAGAGCAGUCGAAUUUGGGAGAGAGACCACCCUUGGUUUGGGGAGCUGCCAAGCCCCCUUCCUACAAAAAGGACUAGGACAUACUCUGCGACUACAAGAGCAUCAGCUGGCCCAACCUACAAAGGAGUCUGUAAGUUCUUCUCUCGCUCUAAGGGACAUGGAUUUAUCACCCCUAUGGGUGGAGGAGAGGACAUAUUUGUGCACAUUUCAGACAUUGAGGGCGAGUAUGUUCCAGUGGAAGGAGAUGAAGUCUCAUACAAGAUGUGCCCAAUUCCACCCAAGAACCAGAAGCUUCAGGCAGUGGAUGUGGUGAUCACCCAUUUGGCACCAGGCUCUAAACAUGAGACAUGGUCAGGCCAGAUUAUCAACUCCUAGAUAUACCAUUGCCUAGCCUGAGAACAGCUUGUGACCAGACGGGAAGGACAAACAAAAAAAUACGAAAAGAAAAGAAAAUCAGAGAAAACUAUGGGACUGAAUUCUCACUUUUCAUUUUUGUAGAGUGAAAUAUAUUAUUUUUUUCUUUUCCUUUUUGGAGGAAACCUUGUGGUAUGUGUGACUUUAAAAACUUUCAGAUUCUGUUUGUCUCUGAGUUUUGAGGGACUGCUUGCUGUAAAAGCUAACUGGAUCCUGUCUAACUGUUUUUCACACCAAGCUGUAUUGUCAAAUCUAACUCCAUGCAUAAGGAAAAGCAGAGCUGUAGAGGAAGUCUUUGUGGAAAUGAGAAUUGGUCAGUAUAAAGGUAGUGCACCUGCCCUUUGGUAUGUUGUGCUCUAGAAACUUUGCUAUGCCAGAAUACAAGGAAGUGCUCUUUGUUGGUGUUGGGAAUAACUUGUGUAGUCGCUGCUGAUAUGAUUUUUGGUGGUUAGAUGUUUUGCAUCUGUUUAAGAUGCGUUCAUCAUUUUCUGCAGCAGGCAAAGUUUUUUUGCUUUCACAUGCAGACAACCAUAUUUAAUUUGACUUGUUCAGUGACCAGAUAAAAUUAUUUUGUGUCUUCUGGACAUUGUAUAGUUGCUGAAUACCACGAGUCACAUGUAAUGAGGCAUUACUGGAUUUUCUCCAAUUUUCAGACUCAUGCCACCAAAGCAUGAGGUUGCUGGAUUAGAUUAGGUGGUUUCCACAGUCUUGCUGGUUGUCUGCAGAGAGAUGCUGUACGUGCUGUUACUCUCUGGAGUUUAUUCAUCAGCACAAUGGGUUUUCCUUUAAUUCGUAAUCCCUGUAGUACCUCAAAUUGGCUAAGCAGAACAGAGUUGUAUUCUUCUGUAAGAUGGUAUAAAAUGCCUUAUAAACUUGAAUAGGGCAUUACAAACUGAAAUUAUUUGGUAACUCACUGAAAGAAAUGAACAGCAUUUUUGUAAGGCAUGAUUUCCUGUGAACAGCAUUGCUAAUUGUGUAUAUGUGUUUUAGUUAUUGCUCUUGGUAAAUAUACAGGGUAGUAAUCUGAAUCUUUCACUAUUCUUUCACUGACUAAAACUUUACUACUAGUUGUGUUGAACUAAUCCAUCCUUUAAGAGCUGCUUUUGAGAUUGUCUUAGAAAGUUCUGGGUUGUGGUACAGUUUAGGAAAACUAACAAAGUAAGUAUCUAUCAUUGCUAGGCACUUCAUGGGAGUAUUGAUUAAGAAUACGUUUUGGUCAUUCUAGCUUUUUGUAAAUUGUCCUUUGUAAUAAAUUGUUUUCUUUUUACUGGUAACAGGGUUAAUUACCAGCCCAGCUGGAAAAUAGUAUAAACAGUGAUUUAAUACUGCAUCUGGAAGAACAGAUGUGUAUUUAGGAGUUUCCGAGCCAGAUUACUCAUCUAACUCUCACUGAUAAGCAAGGCCAAGGGCUUUGGCUUUAGGAGCAUUUUCCUUUCUAGAUUUCAUUACAGCUAUUCACAUGAUCAGAAAAAGAAGCCACCAUUGCCCUUUGGCAUUUUUAUCCCACACCCAAAGCUUGGUUGGUGCUUGCUGUGUUUAGUGUUGUCUUUCAGUAUAUGUAGCUAUCCUUUGUGUAGUUUCAGGAAGCCAUUUUGCGACAUCUGUUUGUAUGGUAUUCAUAUAUUUUGUAUCUGGAAAUGUAAUGUCUUGUGAACAAAAGUGUCAAAUGUUAUUGGACAGGUUUAAAUUCUGUGCCAAAAAAACACUGGCAAUAGUAAAGUUAUUUUUAGACUGAAAA